CCGGCCCCGCCUCGCUCCGGCCCCCACCCGCCGCCAUGUCGGGCUCGCUGCGGCCCGCGCUGCUGGUGCUGGCCCUGCCGGGGCUGCUGGGUGGGCAGCCCCGCUACGAGCCCACCUGGGCCUCGCUAGAUGCCCGUCCGCUGCCCACCUGGUUUGACGAGGCCAAGUUCGGCGUCUUCAUCCACUGGGGCGUGUUCGCGGUACCCAGCUUCGGCAGCGAGUGGUUCUGGUGGUACUGGCAGAAGGAAAAGAGAGAGCCCUAUGUGAAAUUUAUGAAGGCAAAUUACCCACCUGGGUUCAGUUAUGAAGAUUUUGGGCCACUGUUUACAGCAGAGUUCUUUGAUCCUAACCAGUGGGCAGAUAUUCUGAAGGCUUCAGGUGCAAAAUAUGUUGUUUUAACUUCAAAACAUCACGAAGGCUUUACUUUGUGGGGGUCCAAGUAUUCUUGGAACUGGAACGCUGUCGAUGUGGGACCAAAGCGAGAUCUUGUGGCUGAACUGGAAACAUCUGUUAGAAACAGAACUGACCUGCGUUUUGGUUUAUAUCACUCCCUGUUUGAAUGGUUUAAUCCUCUCUUCCUUGAGGAUGCCACCAACGUCUUCGAGACAAGAAAGUUUCCAACCAGUAAAUCAUUACCAGAACUCUAUGAAAUUGUGAACAAGUACCAACCAGAAAUAGUUUGGUCUGAUGGGGAUGGAAAUGCACCAGACACUUACUGGAACAGCACUGGUUUUCUAGCUUGGCUGUAUAAUGACAGUCCAGUUCGGGACACAGUGGUGACCAAUGACCGCUGGGGAGUGGGCAGCAUCUGUAAACAUGGUGGCUUCUACACUUGUAGUGACCGGUACAACCCAGGACACCUGCUGCCUCACAAGUGGGAGAACUGCAUGACUAUUGACAAGAGGUCAUGGGGGUACAGGAGGAACGCGUAUCUUGAAGAUUACUUGACAAUUGAGGACUUGGUGAAGCAACUUGUAGAAACGGUGUCAUGUGGAGGAAAUCUCCUGAUGAAUAUUGGGCCCACUCACGAUGGCCGCAUCACCGCUAUCUUUGAGGAACGCCUGAGGCAAAUGGGUGCUUGGCUGAAAGUCAAUGGAGAAGCCAUCUAUGGAACGAAACCGUGGAGAGCACAGAAUGACACGGUCACGCCAGAAGUGUGGUACACGUUCAGACCAAAGGAAGGCAAAGUUAAUGCCAUCUUCUUUAACUGGCCAAACUCUGGGAUUCUGGAACUCGGUGAGCCACAGGCCAGGCUUGCAGAAACAGAGGUGAAGUUGGUUGGCUACAAGGAACCGCUGAAAUGGGUUGCACUGGGAGAAAAGGGAAUUGCAGUAGCUCUACCUCAAUUAACUCUGAAGCAAUUGCCGUGUCAGUGGGGCUGGACCUUGCAACUGACUGAUGUAAACUAAGCCAUAUGCUGGAGCCCUGUGUUGUACAGAAGUUACACUGUUGGGCUUUUUUCUUCCUGCCCAGCUUCUAACUAUUGCCUGACUGUAAAACAUCUGCUUUUUUUUUUUUUUUUUUUUGAAAGACUGUUGAACAAGAUGGAAUUAAAUGAACCUCAUACAAAAUCUCAUUACUUACAUCUCUGCUGUACAAAUUGUUUCUCUGAACUUGUGUGAAUAACUGAGCCUUUACCUUGA